UCCCAGUCCUCCCAGUGCACCCAGUGAUGGGCUCGGUCAGCAGUGCGCGCCACCGCGACAGAGGGCUCCAUCGCUGUUCACUGUGAGCGCGCCUCUCCAUGCGGGUUCAAUAAAGGAGCAAAAGCUAUGAAAAGAAAAUGAGAUGCUGCUGACAUGACGGCGACACUGGACAGGAAAUCUGAGCCUGGUUUGAUCCUCCUAUCCGAACCCGGUCCCUCGGUCCGCUUGGUCCGGUUCUCCGCACAUUGCCUCCAGGUCUUUGUCAAGCCGGUUUACACACGGAGAGCAGAGCGCUUUGUGGAUUUUAUUUAUUUAUGUUUUUGAAUGAAGACGCUCCCCAACGAAAAGCUGUUUUAGUUUUAACGCAGAAGUGAAGCGGCAGUGUUAACAUCUAAGGGAUCUUGUGAAGUUUGUGGAGCUGGGAUUUAUUUUAUGCAUAGACUGAGUCACCUUUUGUUCGGAGAAAAGAGGCGUUUGAUGCAGCGGUUCGGUCACACUGAGGCAGGAGAACUGAGCAGGUCCUUAAUUGCAGCAUAUCUUCCAUUAAUGCUCAACACCAGCAUAAGAGGGCGUUUUAACAUUUCCCAAUCUUGAUAUUUAAAUCAUUACAUAUUAUUUAUUUAUUCAUUCUUUGACUCUGCGCCCUGCGCCUGGUGUUCACCUUCUUCUGUCAGUCCCGGACUGCGCUUGACGGUCCCGGUUCUGCCCUUUGUGUGCCGGGGUUGACAGGAUCACCAUGCCGGAGUGCGUGUCGGUGUCGGAGUUCGUGCAGGAGGUUCAGGAGGACUGGAGCUCUCCCACCACCUCCUCCUUCACCUCCAAGAUGAUCAAUUGCAGAAACACCAUCUACCUGCUGGAGGAGGCUCUGGACAGCGACCGGUUGGUAUUGCAGAAGAUGAAGAAAGCAGCUAAAGCCAAGUACGCUUCAGGACAAGAUCAUGUAUCUCACCUGGAGCACUACAUCAACUCGAUGGAGAAGCUUGCAAUAAACUGUCACUCAAAUGGAGAGACAGAGGUCGGCUCGGCCUUCUGCCACCUAGCGGACUUUUCUAAGGAGCUUCUGUCUCCAAUGAAAAACCUGCUAAAGAGCAUGCUCCACAACAUCAACUUCUUCCUGGACUCUUUGGUUAAAGGAGACCUGAGGGAGGUGAAGGGGGAUCUGAAGAAGCCCUUUGAGAGAUCAUGGAGGGAUUACGAAAACAGAUUCAAGCAGGUGGAGAAGGAAAAAAGGGAGUUAGCACGACAGUAUGGGAUGGUUCGGAGUGAGGUGAGCGGAGGAGAAAUCGCUGAGGAGCUUGAGAAGGAGAGGCGCUCCUUCCAGCUGAGCAUGUGCGAGUAUCUCAUUAAGGUGAACGAGAUAAAAACAAAGAGAGGAGUUGACCUGCUGCAGAAUCUCAUUAAGCACUACCACAGUCAAAACAAUUUUCUACAGGAGUGUGUCUCCACCACCCAGAGGUUGAAGCAGUACAUGGAGGAGCUGAACGUAGUGCUGAACACGGUGAAGCAGCGUCAGGAGGAGGAGAAGAAGCAGCUGUGUGCCAUCAGGGAUCAGCUAAGGCCGGUCGUCCACACGGACCAGGACUCUUUACCUAAACAGGUGUACAGUAUGCAUCAACUUCUGGGAGACAAACAAUACGGAACAGAGAGAACAGGAUUCCUCUACAAGAAAAGUGAUGGGUUGAGGAAAAUGUGGCAGAAGAGGAAAUGUUCAGUUCACAACUGUUACCUUACUAUUGCACAUGCCACACCAAAUAAACCUCCGACUCGGCUAAACCUGCUCACCUGUCAGGUGAAACCCAGCAUGGAGGACAAGAAAUGCUUCGACCUUAUCUCCCAUAAUCGGACUUAUCAUUUCCUGGCCGAGGAUGAAGCUGAAUGUGUUGUAUGGAUCUCGGUGCUCAUUAACAGCAAGCAGGAGGCUCUGAGCAUGGCCCUGGAUGGCGGCAGGAGAGGGGGUGGAGGUGAUGAAAGCAGUGUGGAAGAUCUGACCCGGGCCAUCACUGAUGACAUCCGCAAAAUGCCGGGAAACAACAGCUGCUGUGACUGUGGCGCUCCAGAUCCUGGAUGGGUCUCAACAAAUUUAGGCAUCCUGACCUGUAUUGAGUGUUCGGGGAUCCACAGGGAGAUGGGGGUCCAUGUGUCCAGGAUCAAGUCUCUGAGCCUGGACAGCCUGGGAACCUCAGACCUGCUGCUUGCCCGAAAUGUUGGGAACUCUGGUUUUAAUGAAAUAUUGGAGGCAAACCUGCUUAGUCCAUCACAGAAGCCCUCCCAGCACAGCCAUAUGGCGGAGCGCAAAGAUUUCAUCCUGUCAAAGUAUCAGGAUGUUCAUUUUGUGAGGAGGUUCAGCAGUUCUUCUGCAGCGCUAAGACUGGGCCUGCAGGAGGCAACUAAGAGCUGUGACAUCUACAGCCUGGUCCAGCUGUACGCUCAGAGGACGGAGCUAAGCCAGCCCUUGCACACCCACAUACAGGAGAAGGGGGAGACGGCUCUCCAUUUAGCCGUCCUAUUUGCUGACAGGACGUCGCUGCAUAUCCUGGACUUCCUGGCCCAGAACUGGUUUUCUCUUUUUUCCAGCUCCAACGUGGAUGUACAAACGUCAGCAGGAAACACGGCGCUGCACUACAGCUGCCUGCACAACAAGAGCGACUGUGUGAAGCUGCUGCUGAGAGCCCGAGCCAACAUACACAUCAAGAAUGAGUUAGGAGAAACUGCUCUGGAUGUGAGCCGCCGAUUGAAGCACAGUGAAUGUGAGGCGCUGCUGCAGCAGGCCCAAUCCAACCAGUUUGACCAUCACGUCCAUGUGGAGUAUGAGUGGAGGCUUCGCCACGAUGAUGUAUACGACAGUGAUGACGACUUUGAUGAACGGAAUGGUCCGGUAAAGAAGGAGCGCUCCUCAUCUUCAUCAUCCUCAGUCUUCACCCCCUCGUUCUCCUUCUCCUCCCGUCCUUUCAACUUUAAUCAGUCCUCCACCUCCUCCUGCUCUGUUGUCCUCCCAUCCUCUGGAGGACCAGGAGCAGGUCUCCUCAGCGUGGGGAGAAGACUGGCCAUGGCCAUGGACCUCCACAGCCGUCAAUCUGGCUCUGCCCCCAGCCCUCCCCCUCCCCCUCCAUCCUCACCCGCUCCACCACUGCCGCCCCGGGUUAAAGCCCCUUGUGUUCCCCCUCCUCCUCCUCCAGCUGGGGGUGAUGGAGUGAGGGAUGAAGAGGAGGAAGAGGCAGAGGUUUUCUUCCCCAUUUCAGGAAACAGAAAAACGACACCUCCCCCUCCCAUUGCUGCCCGCCACAAGAGGACCUGCUCUGAGUCUAAUAAGCAGGAUCAUGGGUUGCCAACCAGUCCCAGGAUUUAUACUGGUCCAGACUCCUCCUUCAAAAAGUGUGUCCCAUCUUCUCCUCUCAGCUCGCUGACAGAAAGACCAGACAGAGGUUUUCGACGGACAGAAAGUGAAGAUAGCUCCUCACAUUUCUUGUACUCAGCCAGUAAAGUGCCACCGAAUGGGUCCCCAAUAAGCCAGCGGUCUCAGAGCUUUGAGAGCGACGGCAGAGGCCCCACCCCUCAGCCGCUUCCUCGCAGAUCACUGCCUCGUGGAGCAGCCAGUCGGCGGGCUCAGGCUCUGUAUGACUGCCAAGCAGACCAUCAUGAUGAGCUGAGCUUCUCUGAGGGUCAGGUGUUGGUAGUUCUUGGGCAGGAGGACAGUGAUUGGUGGCAUGGUUAUAUAGAAGACGAACCAGACCAGAGAGGUUUGUUUCCAGCCUCCUUCGUCCAGCUGCUUACCGAUUGACGAAAACCUGGUCCAGAUCCUCAGGCUAUCGCAGAUCCAGAUCACAUCAGAACUUGUGGAAACCGAACUGGGUCCUCAUAGGAAGCGAACCAAAUGGUACUACCUGAAAUGAACUGGAUCAGGACAGGCUUUUGGAUCUGGCAUCUUGCAAGUUCUUGAGAUCUUGGUCCAGCAAACCUAAAGAACCUCAGGUCUGGAUUUACCAUGAACACAUUAUGGACAACGUUUGACAGAAUGCUUUAGACUGCAUACUUAAUUUAUAAGGCAGAAGUUAGAACAUGUUGCCGAGGCAUUUCCACUGCCUUUAUUUAUUUAUUAAUUUAAUAAGCACACGUUUGACAGGAAGUCAAACCAAGUCACAGCCAACCAGGGGACUUUUUAGUAUGAAGCUAACCUAAACUGCUUUCUUCAUUUUAGUGAUAUUUAAAUGUAUUCAUCCUGGGUUUUUGUGGCAAUAUCUGCAGGACACCAGCAAAAGCUGCCACAGUUGAAACUCCUCUUUCAAAGGGUUCCUGGAUACUGAAGACCAAAGCUCUAAAUUCAGUUGAAACCAUUUAUUGGCAUAGAAUGGGUGCAAAAACACAGAAGAACUGUCUUUAUUUACAGGUUUGUUAGAAGACUUGAGAUAAGAUGAAGCCUGAAAUAAAAAUAAUAAAUUUUUUUCGGCUGCCUUUGUGUCCCAAGAUACCAACACUUCACUGAGCAGAAACCUUUGCAAACUGCAGACACUUUUAGAAUUAAUAACUCAGUGUUCAGGUUAAACAAAUCUAAUUAUUUUUCUUCAAAUAACAAACAAACUAUUUUCCCUAUAGGCACAUUAUUAUAUGCAGCAUAAGAUGUUGAAAGUAGCACCACUGGAUGACGAGAGGAUUCAUUUUUUUCCAAGCAGUUAUUAAAAAAAACAAAUUAGCUUAAGAAAGUCAAGUCUUCCAGUUGAAAUACACUCUAUGUAAAAGUUAUUUUAUUUUAUAAAAAUCUGAAAAUCUGUUGAUGUUUAACAGCACACACAAAGUGAAUGUUUUAAUGUUUUAUUUAUUUUUAAUACGACUUUCUCUCGCUGCAGCAUGUUUAAUUUCUAAUUUUAAAACGCUGCACACCUGUUCUCCAUUCUCCCAGAAAUGAUUAUUUUGUUAAAGAAAAAUCGCUUGGCCUGCAUAGGUUAGUACAGAUCAUGCUAAUUAACAUGCUCUGCUCAUACAACGUUUAACACUUAAAACACAGUAUUGUAUUAUCAUACAUUUAAACAUGCUUUAAAAAGUUUAAGAGACACUUUUUUAUAAGUUCAACAUUUUCAAAAGCUUUCAGCUCCUUAUCAUUGUUUACUAAUCUCACAACAUUAAAUAAUCUGCCACUAUUGAACUCCCCAUGAUCCACAAAUACAGCGCCAUCUACACUCAUGGGCUCUCCUGCUGAUAAUGAUUUGUACAACCUCCUUUUACCAAUAGGACAGCACCAAGUCUCAUGACAUUUUACAUAGUUGGAUCAUGCAGAGAGAAGGAUCUGACUUGUCUUUUUGCACAGGUUUUUUUUAAAGAACUUAGUUCUUAACCUGUUCUAGUUUUCUGGCGGUGCACCAGAUUUUUAUUUAACAUGUCAAUAUUUGAGAGUUAAUGAUCCCAUGUUGUCCCCUGGUUCUAUGGAAGAGAAACAGGCCCACAGCAUCAAUGUCACUUCACUUUGACAUAUCUGUUUGCUGAUUUUUUGCUUUUAUUGGGCCAAACACCCCAGAGGAUGCAUUGACAUUUAAGUCAUAUCAUCUACUUUCCCCCUAAAAGUGGGUGUGGACGUUGCACAAGCACCUAAUACCCAGAUUUACUGAAUCCAUCUAUGAGGUGCUUUUCCACAUAGAAGUUGUCUUUCACGCCAGGUCCACCAGGAGUGUUUGUUGCGAAAAAGCUCAAUCUUAGCCUUAUUCAACAAAAGCACAUGAUUUCAGUAAAGACUUAAGGAAUGUUUAGCAAGCUGUGGCAAUUUACAUUUCAGACAGAAGAGGCUUUUUUCCCCCAUGAUUAAAAAACAACCAUGUAAAUGGCAUUGAAUACCGGAAUAACACAUUUUGCUGCUGUGUGUUUUGGAAGUUGUUUAACAUUUUCUUCUCAGCUGGUGAUUUUGUAAAGAGCAUUAUUUGUUAUAUGCUAUUUUUUCCCCAAAUGAAUAAACGUACUCAAAACUGU